AUGACUUACCGAGCCUUUAUAAACGUUCUGUGCCUUGGGAAUCGAGCUGUCACUAUUUUAAAUAGGAGCUCAGGUCGCCUCCUUCACAUCCAGAUGGGGAUACGAAAUAUUGCAUCACAGGCUGAAAGUGGUUUCAACCCCGCAAAGGUUGCUGUGGUGACAAAGAUGACAAGAUAUGAAUUCGAGCAGCAAAGAUAUCGCUUUUCAGAGCUAUCAGAAGAGGACCUAAAACAGCUGGUAAGGGAAUGGAAAACAAUGUGAUAUUAUGGUACUUGCCAGUGGUGUAAAAAUACUUUAAAGUACUACUUAAGUAGUUUUGGGGGGUAUUUGUACUCUACUAUUUAACUUUUACUUCACUACAUUCCUAAAGAAAAUAAUCUACUUUUUAGUUUGCUUAAUAUAAGGAAUUUGGGAACUUAAGGAUAUUUUAGAAAUUACAUUUACUUUUGAUACUUAAGUAUAUUUUUUAGAACCAAAUACUUUUAGACUUUUACUCAAGUAGUAUUUAACUGGGUGACUUUUACUUGAGUAAUUUUCUAUUAAGGUAUCUUUACUUUUACUCAAGUAUGACAAUUGGGUACUUUUUCCACCACUGGUACUUGCUCUCAAACUCGCUCAUCUGUUAAAUGUGUUCAUCCUUGACAGUAAAACACCCCCUGAACAACUAGGCAUCAGCACACACUAGUUUAAUUUUCAGUUCAGACAUAGAGAUUUGGUGAUCCCAUAGAUCGAUGCUGGUGAUAGACAAAUAUUUAUCUUGAAGGAUGUCAGAUUCCUUUCUCAAUGUUGCGAGUUGUAUGAUAAUCCUCACCAGAGCCUGGUUGAAAUGUCGUUGCUGUGAUUAUAAUUGUGAUAAUCUGAGUUUUGUGCUUGUUACAGCUUGCAUUGAAGGGCUCCAGCUACCUUGGGCUUCUGGAGAGACACAACAUCCAUACCCGCAAUGUGGAACACAUUGUGGAGAGUCUACAGUAAGAUGAUGAGAUUCUAUUCAAGGAUAUUGUUGUGGUGUACUGUAUACAAGCGGUCAUUAAGUUGUAAAGUGGCACAUAACCCUAACCUUUGUGUGUCUCUCUGUUCCCUCUAGGAAAGAGGGGAUGGAAGUGCGUGUGGUGAAGAGAGGGCAAUAUGAUGAAGAAACAGUGCGAUGGGCAGACGCUAUUAUCUCUGCAGGGGGUACGUCUUCUCCCUUUUUAAGAGUUUGAGAAUAGUAGCUGAUAAUUUACAUGGUCACUUUCCCACAGAGUGGUACAAGACAAUCCGAAUUCAAAUGUAAUCAUACUGUUGAAAGUCAGUGCUCAGAGAAUACGAAGGGUCAGCUCAACCAUGAAUAGGCCCAUUUCACCCAGAAACCUUGUUGUCAUUAGCUCUGACCCCCUCCUGUUCCUUUUGUUAGGGGAUGGGACUAUGCUACUUGUCGCCAGUAAGGUUUUCAAUAAAGACCAACCCGUUCUUGGGGUUAACACAGACCCUGAAAGGUAAGAACUCACAACAAAAGGGGUUAACGAAAAUAAAGUGGUGGGUUGGGGAAUUCCUUGUGGUGAAUUUCAACAUUUUGUUAUAGAAUUAGAGGGGGGAAAAUUGUUUUAUCUAGUUUGAGGAAAAAAGUGCUCCUAUUACAGCUGUCUUUUUUGCUUUGAAUGAAGGUCAGAGGGACAUCUGUGUCUGCCUGUGCGUUACACACAUGCCUUCCCUGAGGCACUACAAAAACUCCGCCGUGGUCAGUUCAGGUGGGUGUUUCCCUUUCACUUCCCUGGCCAGAAUACUGCUGUUAAGAAAGCUAUGUUUACUCGUAAAGAAUACUCUGAUCUCUUUGCCACACUUCCCCAGUUCUGUUCAGCAUGCCUGGUCUUACUACUAUGCACUCUGGUGUUACUGUUGCUGAACUGUAAGACAUGAGUUUCUGAUUCCAGGAACAGUAAUGCCUAUUAAUAUCAUGACAUGUUUCACCACCCCCUCUUCUUUCUCCAAAUGUUCCUUGACCUGCCUACCACACACUCUACUACUUAACUCCUUUGAUUCAUUUACUUCCCAUUCCCUCUCAACCCUUCCCCCCUCUAUGUCCUGCAGGUGGCAGUGGCGGCAGAGGAUCCGUCUACACCUGGAGGGCACAGGGAUCAACCCCACCCCAGUGGACCUACAUGAACAGCAGCUCAGUCUGGAGCAACACAACCAGGCCCACCGCAUCACCCUCAUGGAGGCCCAGCGCAGUACGGCCCCUCGGCCUCCUAUGUGUACCUGUCUCAGUCUCUUUGUCUGUCUGUCUGGGCCCUUGGGAACAAUCAAAUACUUUUUGAAUGGAGGGGGCACUGUCUUGAAUGAUUAACAUGUCUUCUGGACUGGUCACAUUUUUUUGUUCUGGUAUUAAUUCACAUAAUUAAUUUCAUGUGAUUUGUUAAAAAGCCCUUUUCUACCAGUUCCUCUAUUCAUUGUUGUUUCUUCGAUACAGGUGAGUUUGGCAGCUUAUCCAAGCCCUAUCUACUCCCUGUCAGAGGACUGAAUGAGAUCUUCAUCGGGGAAUCUCUCUCCUCCAGGUACCCUUGUCAUCAAAACAAGCCAUGGCAUCAUGAACCCCCCCCAAACAUGAAUGCCUGUUUUGCUGCUUGUCUCUGCAUGUUUCCCCCUUCAUUAACAUGCCUCCUGCACUACUACUACACCCACCCAUUUCUCCAAGCACUCAUUGGUGGAUCUCUGUCCGUCACUCACAGGGUGAAGUAUAAAUCCUUCAAACCUCAUCUCACCCUCUCGCUCCAUAGGGCUUCCUACUAUGAGAUCUCUGUGGACGACGGACCAUGGGAGAAGCAGAAAAGCUCUGGCCUUAGCGUCUGCACUGGGACCGGAUCUAAAGCCUGGUACACAUAAGCCAUUUUCUUUUUAUAAUUUUUUUAACCUAUGUUGGUGUUUGCCAAUUAGUGGUACUGGAAGUCCACUGUGAAUGCUACUUCUUGUUCAUGCUAGUUAAAAAAAAUUAAAAAUCUAAAUUAGGAAAAACGCUGAUUUGAUUUACAGCACAGCUUUUAGUGGAAUGUUUGUUUCAUGAGACUCGUUCUGGUGUGUUUUUACAGGUCUUACAAUAUUAACAAACUGGUUGAACAGGCUGUGGAAGAAGUCCUAAUGAUAGGUAUGUGGACUCCAACCUUUACAAUAAUCAUGUGGAUUUGUGUUUUCUUAAAUCUCUGUGUAAAUGGAAUUACAUCUGGAAAUUGAGACAAUCAAUCAAUGAUUUGGAGAACCUGUAUACUACACUGAUAAUGUCAUGAGUGAUUGAGUUCUCUGUAUCUUUCCAGGAAAGGCACAAAUGGGUCUUGAUAUUCCACUGAGUCAGGAAUUGAUUGAGAAGGGUGAGUUCCAAAAUAUGUACAGCUGAAUGUGUGAAUGGAUAGAUGGAUGAAUGCUCAAGGAAAAUGUGUAUAAAUUAAUCGCACAAUGUCUUUCUUUUAUCAGUGACUGAUGAAUACAACAAGUCUCUGGUGUUUGGUCCGGAGGAAGGCAGAAUGUUCUUCAGCAUCAGAGAGCCAAUCGUCAACAGAGUAUUCUCCAGCAGUCGCCAAAGAGGCUUUGCCAACAGGUCAGUUCUAUCUACAGUGCCUUCAGAAAGUAUUCACACCCCUUGACUUUUUCCACAUUUUGCUGUGUUACAGCCUACAUUUUAAAUUGAGAUUUUGGGUCACUGGCCUACACACUAUGUUUUUAUUAAUUAAAAAUGAAAAGCUGAAACGGUUUGAGUCAAUAAGUAUUGAACCCCUUUUGUAGUGGCCCGUGUAGCUCAGUUGGUAGAGCAUGACGCUUGCAACGGCAGGGUUGUGGGUUCGAUUCCCACGGGGGGCCAGGGGGGCCAGUAUGAAAAUGUACGCACUCACUAACUGUAAGUCGCUCUGGAUAAGAGCGUCUGCUAAAUGACUAAAAUGUAAAUGUUAUGGCAAAAAGUUUCUUAACAAGUCACAUAAUUAGUUGCAUGGACUCCGUGUUUAACAUGAUUUUUAAAUGACCACCUCAUCUCUGUACCCCACACAUACAAUUAUCUAUAAGUUAUUAUUUACACUUUGCUGUAUCAAUACACCCAGUCACUACAAAGAUACAGGCGUUUUUCCUAACUCAGUUGCCGGAGAGGAAGGAAACCGAUCAGGGAUUUCAACAUAAGGCUAAUGGUGACUUUAAAACAGUUACAGAGUUUAAUGGCUGUGAUAGGACAAAACUGAGGAUGGAUCAACAACAUUGUUGUUACUCCACAAUAUUAACUUAAAUGACAGAGUGAAAAGAAGGAAGCUUGUACAGAAUAAAAAUAUUCCAAAACAUGCAUCCUGUUUGCAACAAGGCACUAAAGUAAAACUGCAAAAAAUGUGGCAAAGAAAUGAACUUGUGUUGGAUUUGGAUUAAAUGUAAUCCAUUUUGAAUUCAGGCUGUAACACAACAAAAUGUGGAGUAAGUCAAGGGGUAUGCAUAUUUUCUGAAGGCACAUUGCCCAUUCUUCUUGUCUUGAAGAAUUCUUCUUGAUCCCAUUUUGAAAUCUUUUGGGUGUUGCUCUUCAGGGUGUGUGUGCGCUCACGGUGCUGGGACGCGUGCAUGGUGGUGGACGGCGGGACUUCUUUUGAGUUCAAUGACGGUGCCAUAGCAACAAUCACCAUGAACGAGGAGGAUCAGCUCCGGACUGUUCUCCUUGAAAACUGACCCGCCAACCAUUCUUACUGAGCUCACAGUAGACUCUCAACAGCAGUGAUCUAUGAAGGAAGUAGGGAGAAGAGGCUAGUCUCAUGCAUUAUUAGGACCUGUGAACUUGAUGAGACUAUCACAUCCUCCCCUUGUAGCUUUUUGGAGUUUGGCAGAAUGAUAUUUAGGCUAUAUUCACAAUUGUGUUCUUUACUUUUGCAUUGGUGUUGGCUGUAUUAGUUACAUUUGGGUUUUAUUUAGCUAUUUGUCUCAAUUUGAUUUACCCAAUAUCGUCACAAGCUUACCGUGCAAGCGGAAAUGAGUGCAAUUAUGCAGUAUUUGCUACUUUCUUCACAAUUCAUUUACUUACAGAAGCCGGACAGUAUUCAAUGAAUCGUCUUGCUCUAUUAUGGAUGGUUAGUUUCACAUGUUUUGAGUUUGCUUAAGUAUAAAGACUUGCCAUUUUUUAAAACAUGAGACCGAAUAGGCAUUCUGUCAGGCAGCUGUGAGUUUCCGACUUUGCCUUGGGCAUUUAUCGUUGCCAAACACUACCCAAAUCAAUCCUCUCCACCAAUUGCUAUAUAAGGCAAAACUGAGGGACAGAGCGAGCCCGCAUAACAAUGGCUCACUUGAAAUACAAUUUCUUACGGAAUGUCAUGUUACAAUAACGGAAUUAAGAGGAUUUUAAGCAUGUGCUGCAAUCAUUAGUUUAUUUAAAUAUACAUUUAUAUUUUUGGAGUUUUUCAGACAUAGUGCUAAUUCCUAUUGGAAAAAAUGUUGUGAGCACAAAGUUGAUAUUUUUGGUAUUGGUGGACAAAUUCUGAUGUUUUGGUAUUCCAUUUGGCUGCAUUUAAAUAUUUUUCUAGCUCUUUUGAGCUGCUUGGCUUCAAACACCAAUUGUGUUGGAGAGUGGUAGUACAAGAUGAAAAAUGUAAUGCACUAAGAUCAAAACCGAAAGCAUUGUAUUGCUCAACAGGUCAGGGUCUCGAGGGUCUUCACCUCAACUUUGACAAAACAAAAACAGUAUGUGCCUGGGCCUGAAACUGCAAAAUACUAAAAUAUUUGGUUCCAGCGUUCAUCAAGGGGUCAUUUAGAAAACGCCUGGAAGUUAAGAGGAAUGGUUUUAGUUAUGAAUCACACAUUAUGUAAGAUUAAUAUGCAGAAGGGAGCCAUGUCUAAAUAAAUCCAUAUUGUGUUGUGGAUUCUGCCAUGUGAACUGUAUGUGGACUACUUUCUGUGGCUCUAGUUCUACAGCUGAAAUUACAAAUGACUGUCAAUGCUCCUUAUGGUGCCAGGUCAUGAAACUACACUGAGC